UACUCAGGACUGCCAUCAGAAGGAGAUCGCUGGCAGUGCUCAUGCUGCUUUCCAUAUCGCUAACUGGGAGCGCAAUAAAUAACGUUCGGCUCAUUGUAAGGCUCUUGAAAUGAGUGUGUGCAGAGACUUCGCUUAGCCGCUUCUCUCCAGUGCAGAAGGGGUGUCAGCUGCUGGAUACCUCUGUCUUUCUCUCCUGCCUUCAGUGCUAGGUCUGCUGGGGUCGGGUCAAGUGGCGCUGCCCAACUUCUCAACAGCCUUGCAGGUAGAGGAGAAUCGUAACAAGAUAGGGAAAGAAAGAGGAGACAAGUUUUCUUUCCCAGUCCAUGGAAAAAUAACCUGUUGGAUUAUCAUCUGGAAACUAUGGAAAGUGUCAACGUGAGCAACGAGAGGCCAGUGAGUCCUGGCUCAUCUACACUGAUCGAGGGCCUGAAGAGAAAGAGGGGAAGACCAAAAAAGCAGCCACAGGAGAAGGCUGUGGGACCAUUGCCAGUGAAGAAACCACGAGGAAGGCCAAAAGGAAGCAAGAAAGUGACUACUGUAUCUGGAGAAAUUGUAGAACCUUCUGCUGGUAAAAGGCCGAGAGGGAGGCCCCGCAAGUGGCCUCAACCAGCGGUCCAAGAAGGAGUGUCUCAGGGAGGAAAUCCUCAGGCAAGCACUGACUUGAACUUGAGCUUGGCGCCAGCCACACAAGGCAUCACUGGAAAAGAUGGUUCCAGGCCUGGCAAAACUACUGGUCUUAGGAGAUCUCUGAGUAACAUCCCUGCCACUGCUCAGUAGUAUGCCACCUGUUCAUGUCUUGCUGAAGCCAGAGGACUGGAAAGCAAACAGGAAUUUUAAUGUCAUAUUUCAGAUUCUUCCUUUGUGAUCAUUUUGGCCAAGCUUUCUCUCCUGUUGUCUGCUGGCUUACCCCAAACAUCCAAACAGUG